GUCGCUUCGAGGUUUUAAAGAUGGCCACUACGGACGUGCGGCUCAAUCAUACAAUCUACAUCAACAAUUUGAAUGAGAAGAUCAAGAAAGAUGAGUUGAAGAAGUCCCUGUACGCCAUCUUUUCACAGUUUGGACAGAUUUUGGACAUCUUGGUCGCACGAAACCUGAAGAUGAAGGGUCAGGCCUUUGUUAUCUUUAAGGAGGUUAACAGCGCCUCCAAUGCUCUCAGAUCCAUGCAGGGUUUCCCUUUCUAUGACAAACCUAUGCGUAUCCAAUAUGCCAAGAUGGACUCGGACAUCAUAGCUAAAAUGAAGGGAACUUAUGUGGAGCGUGACCGUAAAAAAGAGAAGAAGAAGCCCAAAGGAGCCGAUGCAGCUGGAGCCAAGAAAGGAGUGCCAGGAGCUGCUGCUCCCAUGGUCGCUGGAGUGCCUGCAGCCAUACCUGGAAUGCCUCCCAUGACCCAGGCGCCGCGCAUGAUGCAUAUGCCAGGCCAGCCGCCCUACAUGCCCCCUCCAGGCAUGAUGCCUCCUCCUGGGAUGGCACCUGGUCAGAUGCCUCCUGGUGCGAUGCCUCCUGGUCAGAUGAUGCCUGGACAGAUGCCUGGACAAAUGCCCCAGCAGGUCGCAGAAAACCCUCCCAAUCACAUCCUCUUCCUCACCAACCUGCCAGAGGAAACCAACGAGCUCAUGCUGUCUAUGCUCUUCAACCAGUUCCCAGGGUUCAAGGAGGUGCGUCUUGUCCCCGGUCGCCACGACAUCGCCUUUGUGGAGUUUGAGAAUGACGUGCAGGCAGGCGCCGCACGAGAUGCACUACAAGGCUUUAAGAUCACACAAACUAAUGCUAUGAAGAUCUCUUUUGCUAAGAAGUAACACUUUCACCAAGACCAGUCUUCUCUCAUGCACACAUAAACACACAAGUAGUCUUUUUUAAAAAUGUACAGCAGUCAGCAGGGAUCCAAACUGAGGAAAAGUUUUAGAAAUCAACAGUUAAACAGUACAGCAGUGCUCUUUUUUUCCCUUCUUCAAGGAUAACAUGUAAGUAUACUUUGAGUUUACAUGUAAGUAUGUUCUUUGCAUCGAGUUGCUGUUUUAUCGUGCCGCACUGACACUGUACAUAACUUUGACAGGAAAUAAUUGACGGGUAAAUUAUAUGUUGAAUAUGGAAGUUAGUAAGUCUGCAUCACAGGGAUAUAGAUUUUACCCAAGUGUCAGUCUCUCCUUCUCUCUUCACACUCAAAGUCACACUUCAUGGGUUGUAUUAUUUUUUGUUUUACUGUUUGUACUAAAGCAUUGCACCCAGGGUCUGGUCCACCAGACAUUGUACCUGGAGCUUUUUCUUUUUCUAAUUAAAACUUUAUAUAAUAUAAUGCUCUGCCUC